AUGACACGUCCUUGGGCUUUGAUCUUGCACUACUUGGCUGCGGGCUUGGCCCGACCGGCGCCAAGGAAGGUGCUAUUGCCACCAUUGACCGUCGAGCACUUCAGCGCGAAAUGCCUGGAUUCCACGUCUGCGGGGUUCUUCCUUCGAGAGCAAGAUCCCUCGAAGUGGAUCAUCAUGAUCGAUGGCGGUGGCCUUUGCAUCGACGCUCUGGAUUGCAGGAAGCGGGCAGAGACGGACCAUGGCAGUUCCUCCCAAUGGCCUGCGACCUGGGACCCGGAGGCGGUGCCCUUUAGUGGGGGCGAGGCGUCCUUUGCCAACUACAGCCAAGUCUUUGUGCCCUACUGCAGUGGCGACUUGUGGCUAGGCCGCGACCGAGAGCGGCGCUUGGUGAUCGGAGAGCUGCAGAUGAGCGGCCACUUGAUUCUGGACGCUGUUGUGGAGCAUCUGGUGAAUACCACUACCUUGAGGACUGCCUCCUCCGUGGUCUUCGCGGGCUCCAGUGCUGGAGGGAUUGGGGUGUUCCACCACGCAGACUGGAUAACGACGAAACUCCAGGCGGCCGGCGCUACCCUGGGCGCUGACGGUGUGGUGGUGCUGCCGAUGGCAGGGCUUUUCUUUCCCAUGGAGUGGCCGGUGCUGUGGGAGGAGUUCCGCUGGGGCCUCGAAGUGCCGGUGGAUGGUUUCAUGGCCUCAUGGUGCCACCUGCUCGAAGAAAGCUUCCUCCACGAGGGCUGUGUGAGCGCUGCCACAGUGCUCUCGCUGUGUUUUAAUGCCACGGCCACGGGCGACAGCCAGCCAGUGAUGGUCGGGGAUCUCGAAGAUAUGAGACACUCCAAUGGGCAGCUGGUGACCGUCCGCGUGCUGGCGCUGGACACCAUCUCGCAGCCUGCACGUGCGCGGGUGGCGCGCGUGGACAACGACGAAAUCUUGGUGGUUCCGAUGAUGGAUCUCAACAACGCGACCUCAACGACGACGCGCGCGGACGAGAGCGGCUGCGUGGCGUCGUUGCCGAGCACGGCGGAGAGUGUGCUGGACAGGCCUCUCUUCAGUGCCUUGCGCAGCGGCUUCGGCCGCCUGGGCCACGUCCUGCGCACGGCUUUCGCGGCCGGUGCGGCGCAGGUGGCGGAGGCGGCGCAGGUCGUGGAAGCGGCGCGCCCGGGCGAAGGUCGCCGAAGCGGCGAGAAGGAGAUGAAGGAGGUCAAUGAAGGUGAAGACCCUCAUUGGGACCUAACAUCUUCUCGUGCACUGCUGACCUCCGUGGCCAACGCAUUGCGUGGACAGGUCACCACGGCCUGGCGACGUUGGGCUCCGCCUCGUUUUCUUCGUGUGGCACGAGAAGAGGUGAGUUUGGCAUGUCAGGCGGGUGGGUACUUUGAUGUCCAGCUUAACCUCCUCAAGUACCAGGUGAACCAUCUGGGUUUCUGCCCCGUUGAGCUCUGCAACAGCCGGACGCCGCCAAAGACCCGCGCCGGGGAGUAUUUGGCGCUCUUGGGGCAGCGAAGCAACGAGACCAUGAAGGAUGCCUUGCGGCAGCAUCCACACUGGGGGCUUUGGGCACCCAGCUGGUUUGACCACACCAACCAGCUGCAGCGAGAUGUCGCAGCGCGGGGAGACCUCCAAGUGUCGGGACGCUCCUUUGCGGAGGCCUUCCGAUCUUGGCAACGGGGCGAGGUCGUCCAGCUGCUCGCGGGCGCCUGCGAUGCUGGACCCUGCCCGCUGCCGAGCGUGGAGGUCAUCAUGUACACUUCUGUCCUCGGUGCGGUGGCCGGAACUCGGGUGCUGGCAAGUGAGCCGAUUUCGCGAUUGGACAAGAGCUUUGACCAGCUUGGGGUGGGGAACAAGUGCGACAUGUUGGAUGAGCUGCAGGUCACUGAGGAAGAGGGACGAGCCAAGGCUGAACAGAUGGGCGCCUUCUUUAUUGCGACCUCCGCCAAGACGGCGGCGAACGUGGACAUGGCCUUCUUGACGGCGGCGCAGAACCUUGUGGAGAUGAGGAGGAGACAAAAGCAGCCGGCAGCCAAAGCAGCUCCUGGGCAAUCGGGGCCAAUCGGCCUUGGGAACCCUGGGCCUGCGGGCGGAGGAGCCCCAAAGAAGGCCUGUUGCCAAGGAGGAGGCAACAAAGAGCCUCCCAGGAUUGGUGGACGAUAG